UAAAUACUAAAAAACAAAUAUUAUUAUAAUUACAAUAAAAAUUUUCAUAUUAUUUUUAAUUUUCAUAAAUUUGUAUUGAAUACAAGAAUAUACUAAUAACAUUUUCAUUUAUCAGUCUCUGCAUUCUAAAAUUCAUUUUCUUGCUAUAGUCCUGCAUUUAGCAUUAUGAGUAUGAGUAAACCUAACCUUUGCAUCAAGUUUGACUGAUAUUUAUCUGUUGUUGUUGCUUCUUGCCUAAAUACAUUUACAGAAAUGACAAGGUGCAAAUUAAAUCAAAUAUUUAUUGGAGAAGUUGCAUCUGUACAAAAUUAUGGAGCUUUUAUCAGAAUUCCAGGUUGUUCCUUCCAGGGAUUGAUACAUAAAUCACAAGUAAGCUCUGCUCAUAUCAAUAAUGUUGGAGAAGUUUUGCAAAAAGGAGAACGUAUAUGGUGUAAAGUUAUUCAUAUUGGAGAUGAUGGCAAAAUAGGACUAUCUAUGAAGCAUGUAAAUCAAGGAAAUGGUACAGAUUUAGAUCCAAAUGGAAUACAGCUACAAAGAGAUGUGCAAAAGAAAAGACCUAUAGAAAAACAUGAUCGUAGAACUAUACACUUAGAAGCAAUCCUUAAUACUACAUGUAUGAAAUGUGGAACUGCUGGUCAUUUAUCUAAAGACUGUUUUAUGAGUCCUGAUGGAAAACGGUAUGAAUUGAUCCCAGAAAUUGAAGAAAAACAAGACGUUAUACAAAUACAAAGUGAUAUAAGUAAAAAAGACACAAGACAUAAACAGAAGAAAUUAAAAAGGAAAAAGAAAGCAAAAAAAAUCAAACAAGAUGCACUUGAUAGUGAUUCUGAUGAAAAAGAUGUAAUUAAAAAGAAAAAGAAGAAAUAUUCUAAAGACCAAAAGAAGAAAAAGAAGAAACAUGAGAGUUCUUGUAGUGAUAAAAAUUCUAGCGAUAGUUCUUCUAGUCAUGAUGUGAAAGCUCAUAAACGAAAGCAUUCAGAAAGUUCAGGAAAAUGUACUAAAAAGUGUAAACAUUCAAAAACUAAAUAUGCUAGUGAAUGAAAGCAUAAAAACUAGAAUGUAAAUUUAAUCUUCAUGCCGAUUUUGUAUAUUUUUAAAUUAUUAAAAUAUUUCUCUUGAAAUAUCUAUUUUACAGUGUAUCUAACAAUAUAAUAAUAAAAAUCAUACUUACUGAUGUUAAAUAUUUA